AUGGUGACCGUCCUCGCUGCAGUGAAUCGAAGGCACCACGACCUGGAGCAGCUGUUCGAGCUGCUCAAGUCGCUGCCGUACGAAGAUGCCGCCGAGACGCUGGGCAGAAUCCGGGCCGGCGUAGAACCACGCGACAUUGUUGAGACAAUCACCCAUGGCAGCAUGCUCAUGCAGUUUGCCUCGAAAUUCAGGGACACGAAAACCGGCACCAGUUCCAGUAUAGACAAGAGCGAGGCCUCCAGCGGCAGUGAGAGCGGCAAUGGCAUGGAAAUCGAAGAGACCGAAAGUGGCACCGCGAGCAGGAGUAGCGAGGAGCCCAAACACUCUCUAGACGCCGCUCAGCGCACAAGGACACAUGAAAAAAGCACCGCAAUCCCGCUCGACCGCAUCUUGAUUUCCGAUCCAGAAGACGACUGA